AUGACAAAACCGGCAGAGAAACCCAAACCAAUGGAUGUAACAAUAGAAUUGGAUUUAGAUGAUGAUGAGUGGGCAGAGAUGGAUGUGCUCACCGAAGACUACUUGGACGAUGAUAUGGACGAGUUUCCGAUUGACCGUCCAUUAGAAUUAUCAGAUGUCACUUUCAAACUACCCGGGAGUGUUAGAAUUAAACACUUGUCCAAAGAACUCAAAGAUAUGCUCAUCAAACAACUGGAUGUUCCUCCUGCAGUGACAAUGGGAUCAUGGCAAAUGGUGGCCGAUUAUUUGACUGAUUGUCUUCCUUUUGAACUUGACAUCACUGACCUCAACCCAAAGGUGCCGUGGAAGCCAUAUGAGAAUUUAAACGCGCAAUGUGUUCUGGAUGCACUUGUUAAAGUAGAGCGAAUCGAUCUGUUGUGGAAAAUUAAAGAAAUGGCUUUUGAAAACAAUCACUUGGAGUUAAUUGAUGAAAAUGCUUCAACAAGUCAGGCACUAACUAUGCCAGCUAUCCCACCGCAAGCACCAUCGAACCUCUUCCCGGGUGAUAAUUUCAAAAAGAUCAAUGCCACGAACUCAAUCCUUGUCCAGCAUUUCGAAGUUAGCAAGAUAGAAAAACAAAACUUCCGUUGGUUCUACGAUAAUUUCAAGGAGCAUUUGAAGAGACCAGAGGCCAAUGGGAUGAGAGCAGUGGAUGUGGCGGAUUUGGAACAGGACGAUGGUGGAAAUUUGCUACAGAUGCUGGAACAUGUGUACCCACAGUUCAAACAUAUUGUUGUGUGCUUCAAUGAUUCGUAUAUCAAAGCCGUGAAGGAACUGGUUCCGAAGAAGAAGUUCAAAUUUCGCAAAUUCAUUCAUGACAGAACAGUUAUGGAAUUCGUGAAUAAUGGUAGUAAAAAUAAGCGAUGCAGAUGUCUGGUGAUGCCGCAAACCGAAUUGAAAGUGGAGACUCUCUGGGCAAAUGUGACAUAUUCAUUUUAUUUCCCGGACAACUACAACGAAUUCUUGAAACGUCUUUUUGAUAGGAACGUUAACGUUAGAGAUAUGAGCAACACGGGAUUUCAUGAUGACUUUAUAAAACCAGCUGAGGCGAGGAAUCUUGUCACACAAUGA